GCCAAGAGCCCAUCAUCCGUCAUCCUCAAGUCGGCCUUGAAUUCGAGUGAUUCACCCAUUCGACGAGUUGUAUGGAUUGAAGUCUUCCUGGACAAUGUUGAAAUCUCGUAUCUUGAUGUUCGGAGAGUCAACAUGCAGAGAACAACUUCCUGAACGCGACAAUGGUGUCUUCAAGUCGUCGCGGUAAUUGAAAAGGGAGAUCAGAAGUCGGCGCUCCGGCCAACCCAACGGCGUCACAAACCACCGCCCUCCCGAUCAUCAACCUCGACCAUCCCACCGCGUCGUGGCCACUGAAGCCAUGGCGAAUAUCGAGCCAUACAACCAUAUUGAUCCUCAAUUGCGAGCCUCUUCGUUGAGUAGUCCUCCGAAUCCCCGCGAUCCUCAGCAUUUCCCAACCGGCGCCCCUGCUGCCUAUUCGCCUCUACAACCGUCGCCCAAUCCGUCCUUCCAGAGCAUUCAAACACCCAACUACUACCCUACAAACCCCCAUGCACAGGAAAGCCCCGACGAUGGGAGUCCGUCAGGUAAUCCCGCCGAUCCAAAUGAUCUCAAGAGACCACGGGCCUGCGAGGCUUGUCGACAGCUCAAAGUCAAAUGCGAGCCGGACGACAACCAUCCGGCAGGUUCGUGCAAAAGAUGCGCCAAGGCCAAUCGACAAUGCAUUGUUACUGCUCCGAGUAGGAAGAGACAGAAAAAGACAGACAGUCGCGUUGCCGAACUAGAAAGAAAAAUCGACGCCCUGACUGCCACUUUGGCUGCACGGGGUAGCAGCGAAGGUGAUGGCGCGGUAGACCCGACCGUAUCCCACAGUCAGACUCAGCCAACAAGACCCCCCGCGUAUGGAGAACAAUGGCAUGGUCCUCCUCCGCCGGUCACAAGUCUGUCGCCACAACAGAGUCAACAAGGCGUAAAACGAAAGAUUGCUGAUUAUGACUAUUUUGGAGGUGAACUACACAAAUCAGUGUCACCCUCAUUCAAGUCAAAUGGCCCGGCCUCCCAUUAUCAACCUGUCAUGCCCGAGCAUGUCAGGCCCAAAGUCGACCCGGACGAAUUGCCUCCAGUUGACCCAGUCGAACGCGGAAUCCUGGAUGCCAAUACAGCUAGGAAGUGCUUUGAGAGAUAUAUGGCAGAGAUGUGCGAACAUCUCCCACUCGUUGUAUUCCCCCCUGGCACCAAUGCGGACGAUGUACGAAAAAACAAGCCCGUUCUAUUUCUGGCGGUGCUUGCAGUGGCAUCGAGCACCAUCAGACCAGACGCACAACAGAAGUUGAUCAGCGAAAUCACCAGAGCUCUUGCAGACCGCGUCAUAUUUCGAGGCGAGAAAUCUCUCGAACUGGUUCAGGCCAUUCAAGUGACAACAUGCUUCUACCAGCCACCCGAGAAAUAUGAAGAAUUAAAUUUUAAUCAACUCAUCCACAUUGCCGCUGUAAUGGCCAUGGACCUUGGUAUGGGAAAACGCGCGAAACGUGGUGGCCCAAAUAUGUGGCGACCGUAUAAUGAAAACAAGCGUCCACUUGCCGAUCCGAAUAGUGCUGAAACUCGACGGUGCUGGUUGGGCUGCUAUUACAUGUGUUCCAAUUCUUCCAUGUCGCUACGACGACCAUUACUUGUUCGAUGGAGUGCUUAUGCGGACGAGAGUAUCGAAAUUCUGAAUACUGCGUCAGAUGCACUACCAUCUGAUAAGGCACUAUGCCAUCUAGUCCACACUCAGCAUAUGGCUGAAGACAUCGGCAUGGAGUUUUCUAUGGACGACCCUCUGUCCCAGUUGACCUUGACUGAUCAAAAGACUCAGUACCAUCUCAAAAAUUUCGAGCGGAGGUUGAAAGACUUGCACGCCACUGCUAACCCUGAAUUGUUGAAGAAGCCGAUUAUACAGCACAGCGAGGGAAUCAUUAACCUCUACAUGCAUGAAAUCGCCAUGCAUCACAACCAUAACAUUGAUGACUUUAGGCCGCCGUUCAACGCCACCCCAAUUGAAGGACCGCCUGAUCCUGAUAAUGUUACACCCGCUCAUAUUGAGGCCCUGACGACAUGUAUUCAUUCUGCGCAUGCUGCCUUUGAAGCGUUUUUGAGCAUGGACGUCAAGAUGCUCCGAGCAUUGCCCACGCUAUUCUUCGUUCGAUCAUCGUAUGCUGCUGUGGCCUUGAUCAAACUGUAUUCCGCCGUUUCCGCGAAAGGCUCCAAAUUUGCCCUCAUCUUCAAGACCAAAGAUUUAAAGGUCGAAUACUAUCUGGAACGAAUGAUUGAUAUGCUUACCAAGACGUCAGAGGGUGGCAUGAGCAGGGUAGCCCACAAGUUCAGUCUCAUCUUCAACAUGCUCAGGAGCUGGCACAUGAAGCGUAUGGAGCCGAUCAACAGCGGGAGCAAUCGUGUCUCGCGACAGCACACUCCUGCAGGUCGGACUAACAGCCAGCCCAUAUACAAAGCCGUACCUCCGCAGCAAAACCCUGCAAGUCUCGGAUGGAAUUCACAGAACCGGUCAUCGAUGGAUCAGAAUGCACAAGCUCAUCAACAACCACGGAACGGCCUCCAGAUGCUCUCGGAUGCAGCUAUGGGACCAGGACCUGUACCUCCCUCAGUCAUAGCCCCGCCACAGCAAUGGAUGCCGCCGAUGAAUCAACCGCCGAUGUUGCCCGGUGUGACCGAGAUGGGUAUGCACAACCAAGGCAUGAUACCGUAUGGCAUGCCCCAAGAACUCGGACCCAUGGAUUUCACCAAUGACGAACUCAUGGCGUUUGGGUUUGGUGAUGAGUUCCUUGCCAUGAACUUUGGGUUUGAGCAGGGAAAUUGGAUAUGAUUUUGAGUGGUGUUGUGGACAACAUCACCGCGGCAGGGUCGUUUUGUAUGAGAUGAAUUUCCUAUGUUGUGUCAUGGUGCUGUACAUAUCAUUUUUUUCAUGCGUGGAUGAUCUUUAACGGGGUUGACGGCCUCCCAGAGCUUACCGGACUAGUUGAUUGAUGAAUUUCGUUGUGUAUGGUUAAUGGUUUGAUACUUACAUGUUACCGUAUGAAGGAUGGUUGAUAGUAUUUAAAUAUGCUGGACAUUUGGACCGAAUCAUGAAUUGUCCUCUGCCUUUGGCCCUCUUACCUCUGAUGUUCUUU